AUGGAGGCGGUCCAAAAUUAUCUGCACGAGCUUGCGCAGACGAGGAAGUUCUCUGACUUCACGUUCAAAGUAGACGGCGGCCAAGACCACAAGGUCCACAAAGUCGUACUCGCAGCGCAGUCGCGCGUCUUCGAGAAGUUCUUCGAGAAACAUGAAAGCGAAGCUAACCUGACCGAACUCUUCUCUUUCAACAACUUGACCGCGCCCAUUGACACGCACAAGUACUCUAACAUCGCCAUGCGCGAGGCCAUGAUCGAUGUGCUGGCGUACUGCUACUAUGGAAAAUAUCAUCUGAAUCGCGAGCGCGAUGUCAGUGACGACUUUGCCUUGCGGGUCCUGUCGCAUCUUCUCGUCCACGAAGCGGCCGUCCAAUUCCAAAUCCCUGACCUUGUUACUCUCAGCGCCAUCAGGUUCCGCUCGGAGUUUUGGGGAUACUGCACAUCCUGCACACCAGAGGGUGCCCAGACCGUUUUCAAAUCAUGCUUUUCAUCAAAAAUUAUGUCCAAGUUCUUGCACGAUACUGCCAUCGACAUAUUUCGAAUCACGAUCGACGCGUACAAGAAAGAGAACAAAUUCAAGGAGGCGCUGGAACUGAUGGGAGCGGUGCCAAUGGCGACAGCGAAGCUGUACAGCCAACCGCCAAAGCAGGAAGAAGUCGUGCCGGAGGAUGGGGAAGAUCUGAGUGAAGAGGAUGAGAGUGAAGAUGAGGACGAAGUAUCAGAGCUUGAAGAAAGCACUACUAAGAAGGCCAAGAAGGAAGCAUAUGUUACUGGUUAA